GCGUAGUUGACAGCCACGCAGAGAUAGAAGCAGGUAUAACAGGAGGUGUACUGUGGUGCACUGUUGUCUAGUGUAAAUGUCUUGUUGGUCCAUUCAUGUCCGAAAGAAAACGUACCAUAAAAAUUCGGGACUGUAAUCAGUUUGUCCUAUUCCUUUCGUCGUGAGGUUUGAGGAGAACGUCUGCAUCCGAUCAAACAAGAGGGAAGAGAUCUCUACCGAUUUGGCUCCAUGCAACAAUACAGUCGGGUGUGACUUUAUCCCCCACUAAAACAGGGUCUGGCUCUAACUGCAAUGCAAUGGGAGACACUGGAAACUACAAAGACAUACCCAUUAUGAUGUGUUAAACUAUCAAGUCUGCUACACAAGCAUCACACUACAGUACUUGAGGUCACCAGUAGGGAAACUGUCCAGCAACUUUUCACAGAAUGAACUCGAGCAAGGUGUCAGAUUGAAAGCAGGAAUCCUAAAGACCUCUCUUCAUCCAAAGGGCAGGGAUCUGUAUGAUGAGUUGUAUGAAAUGGCAAGUGACUCCCUUGAAGGCUUUCAUGAAGUUAACCUGGCUUCCCCCACCACCCCAGACCUGCGCACAGUGCUUGAGGCUCGACACCUCAAGCAGUCCGCCGCCGCGGCCAUCCUGUACCGCACUCGCCCGUCAGUGAGCUCCAGCCCCGGCCCGCCCAACACCCUGGACGCGGCACAGCUGCCCACCCAGCCCGUAUACUCCACACCCAGGCACCUGAGCACCGACGAGGCCUCCAGCGGCAGUGUCCUGGCAGCGGACGUUCAGAUCGCUGUGCCCUGCUCUUCCUCCGGCUCCCAGCAUCAUGCCUCCCGGUACGAGCCUGCGUGCCUGGGGGCAGAGUUCCUCGAUGGCAGCCCGGGAGAUCGCGGGGGUGAGGAGAGUGGGGAUGUCUUUGGGCUGAGCACAGACAGCCUGUCUCACCUGAGGAGCCCCUCCGUUAUGGAAGUAAGAGAAAAAGGUUAUGAGAGAUUGAAGGAGGAGCUUACUAAAGCACAAUGGGACCUUAAGUUAAAAGACGAAGAAUGUGAAAGACUAUCUAAAGUAAGGGACCAACUUGGGCAAGAACUGGAAGAACUCACAGCUAGCCUGUUUGAGGAAGCCCACAAGAUGGUGCGAGAAGCGAACGUCAAGCAGGCCACUGCGGAGAAGCAGUUAAAGGAGGCACAGGGGAAGAUUGAUGUUCUACAGGCUGAAGUAUCUGCUUUGAAAACACUGGUCCUCUCCACUUCCCCCACCUCUCCCUCUAAAGACCUCCCGCCCGGUGGAAAGACUCCGUUUAAGAAAGGGCACGCCCGGAACAAGAGCACCAGCAGUGCCAUGCUGGGCAGCCAGCAGGAGCUGAGCAUGAUGCAGCCCAUCGUGAGGGACUGCAGAGAGGUGGAUUUGCUGCUUUUCAGUGAAUUUAAAGCCUGGAGAGAGGAGCCCACUUUAGAAAGAACAUGCUCCUUUUUAGAACGAAUCUAUAAAGAAGAUAUUUACCCCUGUUUAACCUUCUCAAAAAGUGAGCUGGCGUCUGCGAUCCUGGAGGCUGUAGAGAACAACACUCUGAGUGUGGAGCCUGUGGGGUUCCAGUCCCUGCCCGUCGUCAAGGCUGCGGCGGUGGAGUGCGGAGGACCAAAAAAGUGCGCACUCAGCGGUCAGACAAAAAUGUGUAAACACAGGAUCAAGUUUGGAGAUUCCAGCAGCUAUUACUACGUGUCUCCCUUUUGUAGAUGUAGGAUCACUUCAGUGUGCAACUUCUUUACUUACAUCCGCUACAUUCAUCAAGGACUGGUGAAACAGGAUGCUGAACAGAUGUUUUGGGAAAUAAUGCAGCUAAGGAAGGAAAUGUCUUUUGCAAAACUUGGCUAUUACAAAGAGGAGCUGUGACACUAAUUCGAAAACCUGCAUUUCCCUGAGAGCGGUUCUGACACUGCAGAGAAUCCCUGAGAGCGGUUCUGACACUGCAGAGAAUCCCUGAGAGCGGUUCUGACACUGCAGAGAAUCCCUGAGAGCGGUUCUGACACUGCAGAGAAUCCCUGAGAGCGGUUCUGACACUGCAGAGAAUCCCUGAGAGCGGUUCUGACACUGCAGAGAGUGCCUUCCACUUCAUUUUUUUUAUUUUGGGGGGGUGGUACUGUCACAUCUUUACAGGGUGUUUAAAAAAAUUGUACAUUUGAAUCGGAAGUGAGAAUUUAAAUCUAAAUUGAAAAUGUGGCUUUAUCCUCCGCGAAUGGCGGUGACAUCAUAGGUUCCUAGUUUCUUGCAACCAAUGUAGUAACCUACCUGUCAGUGAAAGUAUACAGUAUGUAUGUAUGUAUGUAUGUAUGUAUGUAUGUAAGUAAGUAUGUGUAUCAAUGUACGUUUUGAGUUUCUGCACUGGAAUCACAAAGGCUUUCCAUUAUUUUAUUUAGUGCCUUUCUGUAAUCUAUUGAAUAAAAAUGUAUACCUCGUAAGAGAUCUUAGAGAUUCUAUUUCUUCAGCACAUCCACAGAAUAGUCGUUUUUGUUGCUGUUCCUGAGUGUAGUCUUGGAUAUAGAGGCACCUGCCGACCUGAGAACCUUCUAUCAGCCUAACAGUCAGCUCUGCCAUCUCAAACUGACAUGGGAGAGGGAGAUGCACUAUUUAUAUACGAAAGAAUGGGCAGGAUGCAUUGCAAGUGAAGCAUUUAUUUGAAGGGCUGCCUGCAUAUUUCAGGUAUUUCUAAUUUUCUGUCACACAUUCUUCAUGAUUUAUUAAUAAAGACAUGAUGAAA